AUGGCUACAAGAAAGCAUCCAAAACCCGACCCAGAACUUGUUCAGUUCACAGGGGGUUCAGCCAGCAUUGUACAAUCUCAUACCCUUGGUCUUCAAGAGCAAAAUAGAGACAACAAUGCUGAAGAAAAUCUCACAGAAGAUGAAGAAGAUUAUGAUGUCGAGGAUGAUGAUGUUGAAGAAAUUGACAUGAUGCAUGUGGAUCAUGAUCCCAUGGAUAAUGAAGUGAGUGCAAGGAAAGGUGCAGAGUUUAGAGAAAGACUAAUGAAUGAAGUGAAUAGGCCUUACUGUGAGGAAGAGUGCAACAGACUUGAUCUUGCAAAGCAAAUAGAUGCAGCUGGUGAUAAUCUUCCCAAACGUGGCUUUUUCUUUUGGUUGACAGAUGAACAAGUGUCACAUAUAGCCUGUAAGAACAUGAAGCUCAAAUUAUGA